AUGUCAGGUGACUGGUCCAUUCUGGGGGUGUCGUCCCUGUCUCCACCCAGCAGCCAUGUAGCCACACCCCCUACCAACGUCUCUCAGCCCCACCCUCUCUCAGACUGGGACACGCCCAGUUUCACCCGGGCUGCUCAGUUCCGUGUCGGCGCCACCUUGGUCCUCUUCCUGUUUGCGGCCUGCAGUAACCUGGCCCUAUUGGCCAGCGUGUGGCGUGGGCGUGGCCGGCGGCUGGCAUCUCACUUGCGUCCGCUGAUGCUGAGCCUGGCAUCGGCUGACCUGUUGAUGACCUUCGUGGUGAUGCCUCUGGACGCAGUCUGGAACUGGACGGUGCAGUGGUAUGGAGGAGACGUGCUCUGUAAACUCCUUUCCUUCCUUAAGUUGUUUGCCAUGCACGCGUCGGCCUUCAUCCUCGUUGUCAUCAGCCUCGACCGCCAGCACGCCAUCCUGCACCCGAUGGAAGCUCUGAGCGCUCACCGUAGGAAUCGGCGAAUGGUUCUGAUGGCCUGGAGCCUCAGCCUGCUGCUCGCAUGCCCACAGCUCUUCAUCUUCAGGACCAUCACGGUGGACGGUGUGGACUUCACUCAGUGUGCGUCUCACGGCAGCUUCAGUCGCCGGUGGCAGGAGACGCUCUACAACAUGUCUCACUUCACCACGCUGUACGUUGUUCCCCUGCUGGUGAUGAGCUGCUGUUACAGCCGGAUCCUGCUGCACAUUCACCAGCAGCACACGAGGGACAAAGCAGGGGACUCGUACCUGCGGCGCAGCGGCACUGACGUCAUCCCCAAAGCUCGGAUGAAGACUCUGAAGAUGACGGUGGUCAUUGUUCUGUCCUUCGUCGUGUGCUGGACGCCGUACUACCUGCUGGGGAUCUGGUAUUGGUUCCAGCCUGAAAUGCUGCGCGUCACUCCCGAGUAUAUCCACCACGCCCUCUUUGUAUUUGGGAACUUGAACACCUGCUGUGACCCCGUCAUCUACGGCUUCUACACGCCGUCCUUCAGGGCCGACCUCGCCGUCUGCUUCCGCCGGACAACGAGCGCUGCCGGGGCUUCGCCACGAUCUCCAGACCGAGUGUGUGCCAGACAGCGUCCUCACAGCAAGGAGCACGACACCGACCAAUCAGAGGGUAGGCCUCCACCCACAUGAACCAAUCGGAGGAAAGAUAGAUGACGCAGAAAUUACAGUUGUAACUGUUUUAGUUAGAUUACUUUUAACAUUUUGUGACAUUUUAAAUUUGUUUGAUCAAUCAGUAAGUGAUUCUCACUCCAUUGAUCAAUCAUAUUUAUUGAAAAUAUAAACCUUUUUGCAAAGCAGCCAUUUAUUUUGCUCUGAUUGGCUGCAGUUUCCAGACCGACUGAGUGAUGUCACAUAUCAAUCAUUCUGUGACAGAUCAACAGACGAAAUAAAGAUCAAAGUUUCUGUUUCUACAUCAGUUUAUUUGGUUUCAUGUGUCGACAAAUAUUCACAAAUAGACUUCAUCAUCUUCAUCAUCAGAAUAAUAACAUGAAUCAGUGACCGUAAAAAAAAAAAAUCAUUUCAUCAGAAUGUAAUUUAACAUUUGUAAAUGUUAGUAAAUCUAUUUGGUGUAAAUCUGUUUAAAAUCACAUUAAAGCUUUGGGAUGUUUAGUUUUUUUUGACAUAUUAAAAAUAAAAUGUUUUUGAGAAAAGAAUAAAUUAAAGCAUCACUUUUCUCAUUGGUUCUAGCUUCAGUCACUCAACAGCUCGGGUUCUUCUAACCUUUGUGACGUGAUGAUGACUUCAUCGUGAUAACUACUGAACUGAACGUCAGAACAUCGUGAGAACAAACGAUCGUUGAUCAGUUGCUCGACCUUCAGCUGAAAACAACUUUUAUCAAAUUCUAGAAAAAAUGUCACACUUUCAUUCAACUACAA